GUGACUGUAUGUCUUACCUUAGAAGAUGACAACUACACUUCAGGCUUUUGUUCAGUACCUGGAUCCCAAAACUCUACCCAGGGUGCUACAGAUACAAUCUGGAUUUUAUCAUGGAGGUUCCCAUUAUGAACUCUCUGGAAAUGAAUGCUCUCUUUCAACAGGAGAUGUUAUCAAAAUCAGAAUUAAAGUCAAGAAAGUCAUAGCAACUUACAAUGAAUACAGCAAGUUGCCUGCAGCAGAGCUUCCACCUGAUUUUCCAGGCUUGUUCUCAGUCAUGGCUGAUAAAAACCCAUAUCACUCCAUUGAAGAAAUCGUACAGGCACUACCUAUUGGACCCUUUGGCAAUCCAAACCUCUAUAGCGAUUCUGAGAUUCAUAUAGGAGACAUAACCAUCGACAAAGGCAAAGCCAUCAUAUUCAACUCUGUGGAAGAAAUAAAUGGAGUCAAGUCAAUCAUAUGUAAAGUGACAAUAGAGGGAACAGAUCAUUCAUUUAUUCUACCUCUGUCCCAUACUGGAAAGUUUUAUGAGUGCCAGGAUGAAAGAAUUUAUACACUCAAAGAGAUUGUAGACUGGAAAAUCCCAAAGAACAGGGCCAGGACUGUAAUACUUAAAGAUAUCAUAGGAAAUUGCACGAGUCAAAAACUUUGCUACAGUGCUUUCAUUAAAGGAAUGAUGGUUGUAAAGCCUGUCUAUGAACUAAAGGUACUGACGCAAUAUGGAGAGUUUUUUAACCUCGCGUCAGAUCUAGAUGUGGAAGUUUUAGAUAUUACCCAACACUGUGAUUUAACACUCUUCACCCAAAUAUUAACUACUCAGGAUAUCUUUGAAAAAACAACCAAUGAAUUUCCACUAAUUGUAGAAAUUCUAGAAGGGCCAUUAAAACAUUGCAAAUCUUACAAAGCAUUAAGAUGUGGCAGAAGGAUCAUUGUUCACAAAAAGUAUCAAGCUGAUAGAAUUAUUGCCUCAGAGUCAAGAAGUGAUACUCCAAAGAGACAUUUUCUUAUUCCAUCCAGCUACACAGGAAAAUUUAAAAGGAGACCCCGCUUCUUCCCAACUGUCUUUGACCUUAAUAUCACCAAGAGAGAAAUGACUGACCUAUAUGUGGUAGCAACAAAAUCAUUUCAUACAGUACAUACAGAAUUUUCAUCACUGAAUGUUGGAGACAUGUUGCAGGUAAAGAUGUUUACAUCCUGUGAAGUCCUUUGUGAAGGAACAAAAACUAUUAUAGAUACCCUGGAAUGUAUAAAGACGAAUGAUGGAAACUCUGUGAAAGUCAUUCUUCCACUCUAUGUAGAAGGUGGCUUCAUGGAGAUUGUGCACGAUAGCAAACAAUACUCCCUAUCAGAACUUUGCAAUCAUUUUCAGCUACCUUUGAAUGUAAAGGUCUCAGUCAGGGACCUGUUUACAGUAGGAGAGGACAUUUUAGCCAACACAUCAGUAUUAAAACUGGAAGAGCACAUUACAGACUCAUAUUUACUUGUUAGUUUAUGUGACAAACCUGAAGAUGUUUGGGAACUUCCAGUGUUUCGGCUAAAAAUUUCUUUUCUAGUCAUUGAUCAUUUUAAAGGCAAAGUAUUUUCUCUACCAACAAAAACUAACAUAGAAGAAAUUAAUGAAGAGGAAUAUUAUAUGGUGAGAAGAUAUGAAAACCAUGUUCAGCUCCCACCACCACGACCUCCAAAGACUCCAUCAUAUAUAAGUAACUCUGGACCAAAUAUUGCAAAACAGAUGCUCCCAAAGGAUGAAAAUGCUGAAGAAACAUUACAAUUAGAAAAUAGACAGAAAGACAGUUUGCAAGCAUGCAAUGAACUGAGCACGAGCAGCACAACAACACUCAAAGAUACAUUUCAAUAGUACCACUGAGACAACUUCCUAAGGGAAAGCGGAUGUUCUAUGGGGAAAUGUGCCAGCGAGGAGCUUUGUAAAUAUAUUAUCACUUGGGUAGAGAUAUACUGUAGUUUGUGCCAUCUGUACAGAUCUAAAAUGUAUGUUUCUUACUAUCUGCUAUUAAUAAGCUGUGUUGAAUAUUUAUACCUAAUGAUAUACCUAUUUUCAGUGACUGCUAUUAAAUAAGCAUGCAUUUCUCAGUAUCACAGUUUUUUUAGCUAUUAGGGGCUGUAAAUAGAAGUUUAAAAGGGUUAUCCAGAAAAAGAUAUUUAUGACUUAUCCCCAGAAUAGGUCAUCAGUAUCAGAUCUGCGGGGGUGUGACAUCUGGAACCCCCUCCAAUCAGCUGUUAGAAGAGGCCU